AUGGCAGCCGAGAUAGGAGACGAGGAGAGGAACGAGCUUUAUCAGCUCUUCUGCAGUCUUGAUGCGGAUGGCGGAGGGCAGUUGGAGCUGCAGGAGCUGCAGCAGCUUUUCGAUUCCAUGGGGAUCAAGAUGGAGGAGGAGAAGUUGAAAGAAAUGUUUGCAGAGGUCGAUGAGUCAGGUGACGGAUCGAUCGACUUUGACGAGUUCCUCCACAUCAAAGCCAUGGAAAUGCCACUCGACCCGCUAGCAGAGGCUCGACGAGCGUUCGAUCUGUUCGACAAGGACGGAAGUGGAAGCAUCGACGCGGGGGAGCUGAAAGAUGCUCUCAGGGCGAUGGGACAGAACGCCCUCGGGAGAAACGUCAACGACGGGGAAGUGGAGCAGCUGCUGAAAGCAGCCGAUGAGGAUGGAGGGGGAGAGAUUGACUUCGACGAAUUCUGCGACCUGAUU